AACUCGUAUUAUUUAUCAACAAAGCUUCUAAAGUUAAAUUUAAAUAUUUUAGCUUGCCCCAAACGUUUGAAAAGCAAUUUAAGCGCACAAAAACAACUACCAGUCUUGCGUUUAGAAGAAUUUCCCACAAGUUCUGAAAAAACUAACCAAACAACAAUGACUAUUCAUCAAUUGGCCGAUGGCGGUAUCGUGGAAAAUUCCUUCCCUGCUGGCGCUCUGGUACCCAAAGUCGAAACUAACGUAUUGAAUUUCUUGCAAAAGUAUCCGGAUUUUGAUGGUCGCGAUGUCACUAUUGCCAUUUUUGAUUCCGGUGUCGAUCCCCGAGCUACCGGUCUAGAGACUCUUUGUGAUGGCAAAACCGUAAAGGUUGUUGAGCGCUACGACUGCACCGGCUGUGGCGAUGUGAGUGUUACCAAAAAGGUUGUAGCAGACGAUAAGGGCUUUAUAACCGGUCUAUCUGGAAGGCAAUUGAAGGUAACGCAACAAAUGCUUGACAACAACACUGCCCCCAAUAAGGAAUUCCGUUUAGGACUCAAACGUUUUUACGAUUUGUGCCCCUCUAAAGUACGUGAACAACUUACUAGUGCCCGUAAGCUUAAAGAGUGGGAUGGUCCACAUAAAACAGCCAUUGCUGAAGUCUCCAGAAAAAUUAACGAAUUUGAAGCUCAAAAUCCAGAUAAUUCCAAACUAAGCUGGGAUAAAAAACUUAUUAAGGAAGACUUAGAUAAUACCUUAGAAUUGCUCAACAACUAUGAUAAAUAUUAUCCGGAUAUAAAGACUGCUUAUGAUUGUAUACUUUAUCCUACGGAUAAUAGUUGGCAAGCUGUAAUUGAUAUUACAGAGAAGGGUGAUUUAGAAAAUGCUUUACAUAUCGGUGAAUACGGCAAAACUUAUGAAAUUAAGAAUGUGGAUGACUAUUUAUCCGUCUCAAUUAAUGUUCACGAUGAGGGUAACGUUUUGGAAAUCGUUGGAAUGUGUUCAUCUCAUGGUACACACGUGGCUUCCAUUGCCAGUGGCAAUCACUCCUCAAAAGAUAUUGAUGGUGUAGCACCAAAUGCAAAAAUUGUCGCAAUGACUAUCGGUGAUGGUCGUUUAGGAUCCAUGGAAACUGGCACUGGCCUUGUAAGAGCCAUGAUGAAAAUAAUGGAAUUAUGCCGCUCUGGACGCAAAGUUGAUGUCAUCAAUAUGAGUUAUGGCGAACAUUCCCAUUGGUCUAAUUCUGGCCGCAUUGGUGAACUAAUGAGCGAAGUGGUUAACAAGUACGGCGUUGUGUGGGUAGCCUCUGCAGGCAACCAUGGCCCUGCCCUCUGCACCGUUGGCACCCCACCAGAUAUUGCUCAACCCAGUUGCAUAGGUGUAGGUGCUUAUGUCUCGCCCCAAAUGAUGGAGGCUGAAUAUGCAAUGCGUGAAAAAUUAGCCGCUAAUGUUUAUACUUGGACUUCAAGAGAUCCUUGCAUUGAUGGUGGUCAGGGGGUGACAGUGUGUGCUCCCGGCGGUGCCAUAACAUCAGUGCCGCAAUUCACCAUGUCAAAAUCAGCUCUUAUGAAUGGUACUUCCAUGGCUGCUCCUCAUGUUGCUGGAGCUAUAGCAUUACUCAUCUCGGGUUUAAAACAACGUAACAUUUCAUAUUCACCCUUUAGUAUUAAACGUGCCAUUUGCGCUACUGCCACUAAAUUAGGUUAUGUUGAUCCAUUUGCCCAAGGCAGUGGUCUUUUAAAUGUCGAAAAAGCUUUUGAACAUUUGUUGGAACAUGACAAAGCUGUCGAGAAUAUGCUAAGAUUUUCUGUGCGUUGUGGCCCCACAAAUGCCAAAGGUAUUCAUAUCAGAGAAAGAGUUUUAAAAAAACCUUAUGAGUAUAAUGUUAAUAUCGAGCCAAAAUUCUUUAAUGACACUGAAGCUGCGCCAAAAGAUAAAUUCAGUUUUAAUGUACGCUUAAAUUUGAUUUCCUCUCAACCAUUUGUGCAAUGUGGACAAUUUUUGGAUCUUUGCUACUCAACACGUUCACUAACCGUUAAAGUUGAUUCAACAGGGCUUCCGCCAGGCGUCCAUACAGCUGUUAUACGUGCAUUCGAUACAUCAUGUGUACAAAAGGGCUCAUUAUUUGAAAUCCCCGUUACAGUUGUACAGCCACAUACCAUUGAUUGCCAAGAAACGCGUCUCUAUCAGCCCGUGUCACAAAAAAGUGAUGGCAGCAUUGAAUUCCAACCAAAUACAAUACAAAGAGACUUCAUUCUGGUGCCACCUCAAGCUACAUGGGCAGUCUUACGUAUGCGCUCAACCGAUAAAAAUCGUGACAAGGAUGUUGGUAAAUUUUUUGUACACACCGUACAAUUGUUGCCCAAGUCAUCGUGUCGUGUUUUGGAAACUAUGAAGAUUUUGUCUGUCAAUUCAGAAAAUGAAACCACAUUGGCAUUCAAGUGUCAGGAGAACAACAUACUUGAGCUGUGCAUUGCAAAAUAUUGGUCAAACUUUGGUAGCAGCCACAUCAAAUACAGCUUGGAAUUUCAUGGUAUCCAGGCAACAAACCCAAAUGCAUAUGUUAUGUUGGCAGCUCGUGGUAUCCACAAAUUGGAAAUCUCCUCUUUGGUUAGCGAAGAACUACAAUUGCAGCAAAUACAGCUGAAAACAGCAGCAGUGGUGCUUAAACCAAACGAAGCUAAAAUAUCACCGCUAAGUUCGACACGUGACGUGAUACCCGAGGGCAGGCAAAUUUAUCAAAAUCUUCUUACCUACACCCUCAACAUUGCCAAACCCAUGGAGGUGGCCAUCUAUGCGCCCAUCUUUAAUUCCGUCCUCUACGAGUCGGAAUACGAGUCGCAAUUGUGGAUGAUAUUCGAUGCUAAUAAGCAUAUGGUGGCAUGUGGCGAUGCCAACUCUCACACCUUCUACACCAAAUUGGAUAAGGGCGAGUACACCAUACGCCUGCAAAUACGCCACGAGAAACGUGACAUGCUGGAGAAAAUCAAUGAGGCCAAUAUGGUGGCACUAUUCAAGUUGCCCAACAGUUUGAAUCUUGAUGUUUAUGAUCAUUAUAACCAAUCGGUGAUAAUGGGUCGUAAGUUCAACUUGUGUACGGUCAAACAGGACUGUCCUAAAGUCUUGUACGUGUCACCCUUGUCCCAAGACAAACUAACAAAAGCUAAUUUGCCCAACAACUCUGCUUGGCUGGGUGGUCAUUUGGCAUUGGCCAAAGACGAAUUGGGACGCAAGGUAGAUCUGCAAGAGUUCACGUACAUUUUGAGUCCAGCUGAGGCGGGCAAAAAGAAUGGUGCUGCAAAUGGUAACAGUGGUAAUGCCAAUGCUGGCUCAUCUACAGCUAAUGCCAAGUCGAAAACUACUGCAGCAGCAGCAGCUGCUGGUGGUGCAGGUGCAGGUGGUCCUUCUCCUGUACCCUCAAAUUCUGGUGAUGCUGCUCAGGGUUCACCCAAGAAAGCCAAGACAACGGUAGAUGACUAUGCAGAGGGUUUGCGUGACUUCCAAUGUACAAUGUUAACUAAAUGUGAACUUGAAAAAGCUGAAAAAAUCUAUGAAGACAUAAUUGCUGCACAUCCCAAACAUUUGGCUGCUCAUUUACUGCUCAUACAAAACAUUGAAUCAUCAACUGAAUUGAAGGCUCAAUAUCCGUUUACAUUUGCCAAGUCAUUAAAAGCAAACAAUAUUACAGCAGCAGCAGCAACAGGAACACAAACAAUUGAGGAUUUAUCAUCAUCAUCCUCAACAUCGUCGGCAGCUGGGGGUGGUGGUAGUGGCUCUGAUGCGGAGGACAAACAAAAGGAGAAUAAACAAAAAUUGCGCAAUGCUCUCGAACGCAUUGUUCUGUUGGCGGACAAUGUCAUUAGGGAUACCGAUAAAGAUGCAUUGUUGGCAUACUACGGCAUUAAAUGCGAUACUCGUCCUGAUGCUUCAAAGAUUAAAACCCAAAUGGACAAUCAGCGUAAAAAUCUUUUGGAGGCAUUGGUUAAAAAGGGUAUUGCCAUCGCUAAACUAUGUGUGUUGGACAACAAUGUCAAAGAUCGUUUAGAGGAUAUUGAUAAUGUGUACACGGAAAUGAUUAAAUUUGUGGAUGCCAGUGAUUCCAAGGUAAUACAAUUCUCUCUGUGGCAUGCUUAUGCCCAUGAACAGUAUGGUCGCAUGUAUAAAUAUUUGCAGAAACUUUGCGAUGAGAAACGAAAUCGUGAAAACUUUGAGGAAAUCUAUUUAAUUGCUGGAGCCCUAAAAUAUGAACACUUGCAAGCGGUUGUACAACGUUUGACUGUGUCAACAUUUCCACACAGCUAUCGUUUGUUUUAAACAUCAGCGCCAGCAACAUUAAGAGGAGCAAAAGACAAAUAGUAAUGCAAAAUAAAACCCAUAUAACACUUACAUACAGUUUUACAUACAAAAAUAAUUGGCCAAAUGAGUCAAAAAGCAACUAUAACUAACUAUGAAGUAUGAAUAAACCAGUAGCAACAGCAACAAGUAGUAUAAAUAAUAAUAAUAAUAACAACAGCAAAUUUUGUUCCCUAACAAUAACAUAAAUAAAUAAAUAAAACUAAAUAAAAACAAGCAAGAA